AUGAGUUCUCGCAAGCAACGUCUCGACGUUGGGCCAUCUUCAUCGUCUUCUUCUGAUCCCAAUAAACCACGAAAACGUCGUUUUGAUGAUGGACCCGAACCAGACUAUUUCAAUAAUAGUAACAAAUCAAAAGAUUUCAAUAAACCAUCUCAAGCAAAUGAACCAUCAAAUCCAACUAUAAAUCGAUUUACAAUGCAACCUUAUUCUCAACAAUAUAUGGAAAUAUUGAAAAAACGACGGCAAUUACCUGUUUGGGAAUAUAAAGAAGCUUUUAUGGCGACGCUUGACAAAAAUCAAGUAACUGUACUUGUUGGCGAAACUGGUUCUGGUAAAACAACACAAAUUCCACAAUGGUGUGUCGAUUUUGCACUUACAUUACCGAAUCCCAAUGGACAAAAACGUCGUGGUAUUGCAUGUACACAACCUCGUCGUGUUGCUGCUAUGUCAGUUGCACAACGUGUUGCUAAUGAAAUGGAUGUUUCACUUGGACAGGAAGUUGGCUAUUCAAUUCGAUUUGAAGAUUGUUCAUCACAAAAGACUAUAUUAAAAUAUAUGACUGAUGGUAUGUUAUUACGUGAAGCUAUGUCCGAUCCAUUACUUGAAUCUUAUGCAUGUGUAUUAUUGGAUGAAGCACAUGAACGUACAUUGGCAACAGAUAUUUUAAUGGGUCUUCUAAAAGAAGUCGCUAAACAACGUCCAGAUUUGAAAAUUAUUGUUAUGUCUGCUACACUUGAUGCUGGUAAAUUUCAAGAUUAUUUUGAUAAAGCACCAUUAUUAACUAUACCCGGUCGAACAUUUCCUGUUGAAAUCUUUUAUACACCUGAACCGGAACGUGACUAUUUAGAAGCAGCUAUUCGUACCACAGUACAAAUUCACAUGAGUGAAGAACAAGAAGGCGAUAUUCUUCUGUUUUUAACUGGUCAAGAAGAAAUUGAAGAUGCAUGUAAACGACUUCAACGUGAAGUAGAAAAUUUAGGACCUGAAGCUGGUGAACUUAAAUGUAUUCCACUCUAUUCAACUUUACCACCCAAUUUACAACAACGUAUUUUCGAAGCUGCACCACCUAAUAAACCUAAUGGCGCUAUUGGUCGUAAAGUUGUUAUAUCAACAAAUAUUGCUGAAACAUCAUUGACUAUUGAUGGUGUUGUUUUCGUUAUUGAUCCUGGCUUUUCAAAACAAAAAGUUUACAAUCCACGUAUACGUGUCGAAUCUCUGCUUGUUACACCUAUAUCAAAAGCUAGUGCACAACAACGAGCUGGGCGUGCUGGACGUACACGUCCGGGAAAAUGUUUUCGUCUUUAUACAGAAAAAGCCUAUAAAACUGAAAUGCAUGAAAAUACAUAUCCAGAAAUUCUUCGAUCAAAUUUAGGCAGCGUUGUAUUACAGCUAAAAAAACUAGGCAUUGAUGAUCUUGUUCAUUUUGAUUUUAUGGACCCACCAGCACCUGAAACAUUGAUGCGUGCAUUAGAAUUGCUGAAUUAUUUAGCUGCUAUUGACGAUGAAGGUGAUUUAACUGAGUUAGGUUCAAUGAUGGCCGAAUUUCCACUUGAUCCACAAUUAGCUAAAAUGGUUAUAGCAUCAUGUGACUAUUCAUGUUCAAAUGAAAUUUUAUCAUUAACUGCAAUGCUGUCUGUACCACAAUGUUUUGUUCGACCAAACGAUGUACGUAAACAAGCUGAUGAAGCUAAAGCACGUUUUGCACAUAUUGAUGGUGAUCAUUUAACAAUGUUAAAUGUUUAUCAUGCAUUUAAACAAAAUCAUGAAGAUAAUCAUUGGUGUUAUUCAAAUUUUGUUAACUAUCGUUCGUUGAAAUCCGCAGAUAAUGUGCGAACACAACUUGGACGUAUUAUGGAUCGAUUUAACUUGAAACGUUCAUCAACUGAAUUCACUUCACCUGAUUACUAUAUUAAUAUUCGUAAAGCACUGGUCAGCGGAUUUUUUAUGCAAGUAGCACAUUUAGAAAAAACUGGACAUUAUUUAACAAUAAAAGAUAACCAAAUUGUUCAAUUACAUCCAUCAACUGUUCUUGAUCAUAAACCAGAAUGGGUUUUAUAUAAUGAGUUUGUAUUAACAACAAAAAAUUAUAUUCGUACAGUCACAGAUAUAAAGCCAGAAUGGUUAUUAACAAUAUCUCCACAAUAUUAUGAAUUACCAUCGUUACCUGAUUGUGAAGCUAAACGACAAUUGAUGCGCAUAUAUCAAAGAAUGGAAAACAAACGAAAUACUCAAAAAUGA